AUGAAAAUCCUUCUCAGCCAACCUUGCCGAAAGGCAAGGUUCGUGCUGGAGUGUUCUAAGGUCUCGCCAACAUUCUGGCCCUUGCCGAAGUUCUUAGGACCCAGCCCGUGCGCACAAGACUUCCGAGUCUGCCCUCCAAAAGCUACGGACGCAGGCCUUGAAGACAAAGAUGGGCUUAGCCCACUUGUUGACAAUUACACACAAACAAACGGGUUCGCCAUAGGGGAUGAAGGUUCAAGGCACCCUUGCCGAACGGCAAGGCCCUAG